CAUAAAUCGGCCUAUCGGUGCCACUGCUGCAGCUUGCGUGCUGCGGAGUUGCACGAGAGCUUCGAUAAUUAACUGUGAAUGCAACGCGUCAGCCUCGUCCUCGCAGCUGUCGGGCGCGCGGCAGCGUUUGCAAGACCCUCGCGGAGGGCUGGCAGCGCUCUCUUACAAAAGAAGCCCAUGGACUGCCUCACGGCGUGCUUCGGCACGACGGGCGGCGGCGACGAUUCACCGUACGGUAGUUGGCCCAGCCCGAUCACCGCCAAGUUUAUUACCGGCAGCUCCGUCGGGUUAGGCAGUCUCAAGGUCGACAGCAGCGGCCUGUACUGGCUCGAGUCACGGCCACAGGAGGGCGGCCGCAACGUUGUGGUGCGGUACGUCCCUGACGACCCGGAGGCGUCGGAGCGGGGCGGCAUCGAGGUCACGCCGAAGGAGAACAAUGUACGUACAAGAGUCCACGAGUACGGCGGCGGCGCGUUCCAGCUCCACAAGGGCGGCGGCAUCCUGUUUUCCGAUUUUAAGACUCAGCGGUUGCAUCUCGCGCUCGGCGACGGCCAAGCCACGGUCAUUACUGACAAGGCGCCGGACGGUCAAUACAGAUACGCGGACUACGAUGUCUCCGCGGACGGCGGCUCCGUCGUUUGUGUGAGGGAGGACCACGGGCCCGAGGGCAAGGCCAAGCCCGUGGACGUCAUCAACGAAGUGGUGGCGAUCAAUUUGAGCACAGGCGCGGAGACGGUGCUCGCAAAGGGCCGCGACUUCUACGCCGCCCCCAAGCUCUCGCCCGACGGCUCGAAAGUAGCCUACGUCGCCUGGGACCAUCCCAACAUGCCAUGGGACGCCACGGAGCUGCGCAUCACGGACCAGAAGGAUGCAAAGACGGAUUCUCAUCAGUUAGUGUGUGGCGACGGCGACUCUUCAGUACUCCAGCCGGCGUGGCACCCGUCCGGCGCGUUGUUUUAUUUGACGGACGAGCAGGGCUUCUACGCCCUACAAAGAUUUGAGGGAGGUGCUUCCAAGACGGUCCUCUCGGUAGCCGACGCCGAUCUGGGCGGGAGCGCGCCGGGCUGGGCCUUCGGCCAGCAGGGCUACGCGUUCCUGGCCGACGGCCGCGUCGCCGCGGCCUAUCCCGAUCGCCAAACGGGCCAGACCGCCGUCGCGAUCAUGAACGAAGACGGGUCGGCCAAGACGGUCUACUCCGGCGAGGCAAGUGGCUUGCCGCAUUCCGUCGGCGGCCUCACACCCGGCACGAAGAAGGACGAGAUCUACAUGAUUGGGGGCGGUCCUGAUAAACCAGCAGGCGUCUACCGCUGGGACCUGUCGGCCAGCACGCUCCUCGCGUCCUCGUCGAGCCAAGAGAUCGAUGCCGCGUACAUCAGCAAGCCGCAGCCCGUGAAGUUCCCGACCACAUUGGGCGAGGCCUACGGCUUCUACUACCCGCCGCGGCAUCCCACAUGCUCAUCACAAGAAGCGGCGCCGCCACUCCUCGUCAAGGCGCACGGCGGCCCGACGGCGUGCACGGGCGCGACGUUCAACCCCAAGAUCCAGUACUGGACUUCUCGAGGGUUUGCGGUCCUCGACGUCGAUUAUGGGGGUAGCACGGGCUACGGCAGGGACUACAGAAGGCGUUUGAGGGGAGCCUGGGGAAUUGUGGACAUCGACGACGUCUGCGCGGGUGCCCAAUAUUUGGUGAAGCAGGGUCUCGCGGAUGCGAAGCGAUUGGCCAUUGACGGUGGCUCGGCGGGCGGCUACACGACCUUAGGCGCGUUGGCUUUUAGGGACGUCUUUACCGCGGGUUGUUCCUUGUAUGGCGUGGGCGACUUAGCUGCUCUCGCUGGUGAUACGCACAAGUUCGAGUCGAGGUACCUAGAUGGGCUCGUUGGCAAGUAUCCCGAGGAUGAAAAGAUAUACACGGAACGAGCGCCCAUUCAUAGUGUAGACAAGCUGAACUGUCCCAUCUUGUUGCUCCAAGGCGACGAAGAUAAGAUUGUGCCGCCGAACCAGGCCGAGACCAUGCACAAAGCGCUCCUCGAGAAGAAGGUGCCGACGGCCCUCAAGAUCUACGAGGGCGAGCAGCACGGCUUCCGCAAGUCCGAGAACAUCGAGGACGCGCUGAACAGCGAGCUCUACUUCUUUUCCAGAGUGUUCGGCUUCGACUGUCUGAAGGCCAAUCCUGAAGUCGAGGUCUUCCCCAUCGACAAUCUACCGUAAGGAGAAG